CUAUUGGGUUUGUGCAGAGGAAGAAGUUCGGUAGCAAAUAUCCUUUCCAAACAAAAGAUUUUCUUUCCUUCCAUCUCAGGGGGGCUGGACUAUCCUAAAAACACGCAGUUUUGUAUGUAAAUAUAUGCAAGCUGAUUAUAGGCUGGGGCACAAGCCAAGGUUUCAGUGAGCCCAAGGGUGUUUCACAUUAAAAUGUGAAGCCUGACAGGAUCAGUGCGUCUAACUUAAGACAGCUUCUUGAUUAGCAUGAGACUGGGUGGCUGCCUUGUUUCCUGCCCUUCAAUAGCUAUUCACUGUUUUCAAGGCGGAGAACUGUUCAGCGGAGGAGCUGUGGCAACUUGAGCAGACUAUACACGGUUGACUCACUGAAAGCAAAUGUUUGGAUUAAUUUGCAGCCUCGCCUCCCAAGCCUGCAGGAGCUAGUGCAUUAGAGAGGAAUAUACAUAUAUCCCUUAAAACAAAUAACGACACGCACAAAAGAAACAACUGGCAAACUGCUGAAGGAGGGCAAAAGACAGAGAAGCAUCAGCCAUUAUGACCAUCUGUGUUUCCUGGAUUCUGCAAGAAUACAGUUGCUACUUCUUGUAGGUCAUAUGUGAAAGAUGUGUGAAUGAGACACAUGCACAUCCAGUGUGUAUGGAUAUGCUGUGGGUGCUGCUAACAGGAAGAUUGAUCGAAUGAUUACUGCAGCAAUGGUUUAGGCUGCUUCCAUGGAUUCUUGGCUUGGAUUCUGAUAGGUGAAGAAAAAUGACUUUCACUGUUAUCAAAGCAUCAUUCUAAUCCUGUGCCAUUGGAUAUUUGACCCUGCUUUCUACAGUUCCUGGGCGCUCUGUGUUUUGGGUCGAAACCAAAGGCAGUGGGGCUUUCCUAAUUUGUUUGGGUCUUUUUGUGUUCUGGCUCACACUUGACUAAGCACUCCUAUGCUGAAUCGAGCUAUUGUUUGGGAUCCUAGAGCUUUUCACGCUGCAGUCCCUUACCCCCUGACCCCCCUUGCCUGAGAAGCCACAUAAUGUGCCUUUCCUCCACAUGAAUCUGGAAGCUAUAAGCUGGACUGAUUGCAAAUGAAGUGUAAUGCAUUGUGGGACGUGUGUAAAAAUUGGAUCAUUCGAGGGGGGGAAAAAAAGGAACAGACCUGCAGUUUGCUUCAUAGAAGAGGUAGUGGCAAAAUGUUUGCAGAUUCUACCCAAGCUGUGGCUGUGGUAGACUAAUGAAACGAAGCAUUGCAAGCACGCCGUGAGGCCUGACUCAUGCUACUGCUGCUGGAGGAUUAGACUGCAGGUAGCCUCAAAAUGAAGAAGACACGGAGUACAACCUUACGGCGAGCCUGGCCUAGUUCAGAUUUCUCUGACCGGGCCUCAGACCGCAUGAGGUCCCGCAGUGAAAAGGACUACCGACUGCACAAACACUUCCCACCAGCUUUUAUUGCCCAGGCAUCACGGGGCUACAUGACAUCAGGUGAUGUAUCACCAAUCAAUAUGUCUCCCAUCAGUCAGUCACAGUUUAUUCCACUUGGGGAAAUCCUUUGCUUGGCCAUCUCGGCAAUGAACUCUGCGCGAAAACAAGUCACACAAGAAGCUCUAAUGGAACACCUAACAACCUGCUUCCCAGGCGUUCCAACUCCCAGUCCUGAAAUUCUUCGGCAUACCUUGAACAUGCUUGUACGAGAGAGGAAAAUAUAUCCAACUCCAGAUGGCUAUUUCAUCGUGACCCCACAGACUUAUUUUAUAACCCCAUCCCUCAUAAGAACUAACAGUAAAUGGUACCAUUUGGAUGAGAGGAUACCUGACAGGUCUCAGUGUACCUCUCCACAGCAAGGAACUAUAACUCCCUCCACCUCAGGCUGCGUCAGGGACCGAACUUUACCCAAAAACCACUGCGACUCUUGCCAUUGUUGCAGAGAAGACAUGCACAGCAUGCAUGCGUCCACCCUACAGAGGAAAUCCACAAAAGACUGUAAAGACUCAUAUUGCCCUCCUUCUCUGUGUCAGGUACCACCCAGUGAAAAAAGUAAAAGUACUGUAAAUUUUUCUUAUAAAGCAGAGACACUCUCAAAGCCUAAAGAUGUAGAAAAGCAGUCUAAAAAGUUUGGACUAAAAUUGUUUCGACUAAGCUUUAAAAAGGACAAGGCAAAACAGCUGGCCAAUUUCUCUGCCCAGUUUCCUCCUGAGGAAUGGCCCUUGAGGGAUGAAGACACCCCUACCACUAUACCCAGGGAGGUAGAAAUGGAGAUUAUUAGGCGCAUUAACCCAGACUUGACUGUGGAAAAUGUAAUGAGGCAUACUGCACUAAUGAAGAAACUUGAAGAAGAAAAAGCUCAAAGAAGCAAAGCUGGAUCUUCAGCUCACCAUAGUGGGCGAAGCAAAAAGAGCAGGAAUCACAGAAAGCCUCAUGGAAAAUCUCGGUCACACAGCAAGACCCGGGUGUCCAAAGGAGACCCUUCAGAUGGUUCCCAUUUGGAUAUACCAGGUGAAAGAGAGUAUGAGUUCUAUGAUCCCCUUACUAGGUCCCCACGGGAAGGCUGUUUCAUAAUAGAACACAAAGGAGAUAAUUUUAUCAUGCACAGCAAUCCUAGCGUGAUUGAGUCUCACUUUCCCAUGACACCAGAAUGGGAUGUAUCUGGUGAAUUGGCCAAAAGAAGAACUGAGAUGCCUUUUCCUGAACCUUCAAGGGGAAGCUCCCACUCCAAGGUCCAUCGAAGCCACAGCCAUACACAAGAUAGAAGGUCAAGGAACGAGAGGUCUAACAAAGCCAAGGAAAGGUCUAGGUCGAUGGACAACUCUAAAGGACCUCUGGGUUCUGCUACUUUAGGUACACCUGAAGAUGUAGCUGAAGGGUGUAGCCCCGAUGACCCAACAACUAGCCAAGCAUAUACUGAUGACAGUACCUUAAGGCCUUCACAGUCACUCAGUCAUCAAAGGGCUCUGAUUUUAUCUGCAAACUAUAAAGAUGUGUGUGUACCCGAAAUAGUUAGUGGCAAUGUAGAAACCCCCAAUUCCUGUGGCUUAUUGGAACAAAUCAAGCCUACAGAGAAUUUACCAUCUUAUAGUGAGCUCAACUCCUGCACAACAAAAUCAGCAAUUGAUGAUUAUUUUCAAUGCAACACUUCGAGUGAGACUGUACUUACUGCUCCAUCACCACUGGGGAAAAAUAAAGAGGACCAUGACACAGUGACUUUAACAGAAGGAAUAAAAAAACUUUCUCCCUCAGAAAGACAUUCCCAACACAUAGCCAGAGAACCUGGGGUACACAAAGAGGAGUCCCCUAAAGGGCCAAGUAGUGGUCCAGUUGUUGCUGGCCAGACCUCUGAGGUGAUCGCAAAUGGGCGACUGGUUCAACACCAUAACACUGAAUCAAGCAGCCUGGACAAAAGGAAAGAAAUAUUUAGCAAAGAUACACUUUUUAAACCUCUACACAAUACACUGUCUGUGAAUAAUUAUCACAAGUCCAGUACGCCCCUACUAAAACCCCAUCAAAAGACACCCUCUGACACACUGCCAGGCAGAUGUGAGAAACUUGAACAAGCUAUAGUAACCUCAGUUACACAAGUUUUACCCGUUUCACAGAGACAGCAAGAGACAGCUGGGAACCAGGAAGCCACCUUUGAUUAUUACAAUGUUUCUGAUGAUGAUGACUCAGAGGAAGGAACAAAUAAAAAUGCUGAGGAAGAAAAAAACAGGGAUGAUGUGGGCACUAUGCAGUGGUUGCUGGAGCGGGAAAAAGAAAGGGAUCUGCAAAGAAAGUUUGAGAAGAAUCUCACUCUUCUCACCCCCAAGGAAACUGAAAACAGCAGCAGCCAGAGAGCCACCCAUUCAGCUCGACUGGACAGCAUGGACAGCAGCAGCAUUACUGUAGACAGCGGGUUCAAUUCUCCACGUACUCGCGAGAGCUUGGCUUCCAACACUUCAAGUAUUGUUGAGAGUAACAGACGUCAGAACCCAGCUCUGAGUCCUGCACAUGGUGGCGCAGGUCCAAUGUUCAACUUCCGAGCAAUUGCAGACCCUCCAACAAGUGAAGCUGAAAAACUGCAGAAACCUGCUAACUGCCUACAAGCUUCUGUUACUAGUGUUUGAUAGUCCUUCUGCCUCGGCUCUUCUGUCUCAUCCUAUACAGCAAAGUUUACGACACUGGGACUGAUGUUUACAUCUUUGGAAAAAACGAGCAUCUCAUCCACAGUUUUGGUGUUUACUUAAACUGUGCUGCUAUGUAGGGACAACAAAGAAAUCUUGUAUUUCAAGGUAUUGCUUUCCACACCUGCAGCUCUGUAGCAACAGAAUAGCAGUAGGAAUAAUAUGUACACCUUUGCUUCACUUAAUUGUAACUGAGCACAUAUAUGAAAGUCUAGACACUGUAAGUGUAAUCUGCAUUUUCAAUGUCCAUGCAGUUGCCAACUCCAUUUAAAAAUGCCACAGAUGCGUGAUGCCCCCUGUGAGUGGUUAAACUCGGACAGAGUUGAUCAUUUUAUUUCAAAAAUUGAGCCACCACUAAAAAUAAACAGCUAGGUCACCUUGAGGGAAAACAAAGCCAAACAUGACUAGUAAAGACCUCAGCUCUAUCUGUGAAUUAUUUAUACAUCAGUCAUUUUCACUGUGAGUUUUCAUGACACGAUUUUGCAGGAAUCUAUAAAAGCAAGUCAAAAGAGGGCAUGUUUUAAGUAUGUGGGGUGGGUAAGGGAGAAUUGCUGUAUUUUAUUUUUUUGUUUCAAAAGUAUAUGAGAUGCUUGUCUAAAACUUACUAUGUUAACCUUCCAUAAUUGCAAACAGAGUUGAAGGCCUUUGAAUCCAGGUGAAAGGAGGGGAAGUCUAACUAUGAUUGAGGCAAAGCAAAUAGUGACAGAAAAGGCGUAACAGGUUUUUUUUAGUAUAAAUCAAAUGUUUAAGGAAGGUGAUCUCAUUGGUGUGGCACGUCUGAUAUUCCAACGUGCUGUUAAUAUAAAAAUCAGAAUAACAAAUUUAUUUGAACAAAAGAGAAGUUCUUUGUGAUACAAAUGACAAGCAUGGCCUGAAGAGCUGAUUUCUUUCUAAUGGAAGGACAUAAUUCUAUUUUAUAUAGCUUUUAAGUAGAGUGCCUAAAUUAGGCUGUUGAAAAUAGCGUGCAUUGCAGUGGUUAUCAAAGGAGAAAUUUAGAGAAUUAUAAACUUCAGGCCUUUUAGUCAAUGGGCGUUAUUUACAAUUCAGCAUUUUAUGGACAUGUAUAGCUUUUAAAAUUAUAUAUGAUUUGAAAUUAAAUGUGUUCAUAUGGUUGAUCGAGAAAUCCUAAUUCUGCAGGCGUGGUGUAUCUUAUUUGUACUCCCUUAAAUUGUUAUUCCAAAGUAAUUUAUGCUAACUUGAUUACUCCAGAGUAACUCUUACAGAUAGGCAAACUCCACAAGUAAUUUUUAGGUAUAAAGGGCCAAGUUCUGCUCUGUUACACAUGCAAACAUUUACUGCAGCAAACUGUCUCCAAAAGUGCCCACAUUUGCUAUUUUAUCAGAACUGGAAGAAAAACGAAAACGUUAAGAAGGAUGUUCAGCAAUGUAAAUACUUACAUUGCCUUUUAUUGGUACCCAAGAUAUUACACCCAACAGCACAUAUUAAAAACCAACAUUUUCUUCAGUUUCUGGUGACAUGUAUGACUUGUAUAAACCAUUUGAGCUUCACUCAUGUUCUGUAUUGUCAUCAGAAUUCUUUAGUAAAGAUAUAGCUGUAUAUUACACAGUUGGAUAUAGCUUACAUAUUUAUGAAAUGGCUUUAUAACUCUGGACACAAUUGGUUUCUGAUUCUGUCAGGUAUAUCAUACAGAACCUAUGUCUAUAUUCUAACUGUUUUCCUUAUUUCUAUGCCUACAUUCCAUUUCAUAAGAGCAAUAAGACCUUUCAGUGCACAUAAGGUAAAUCAUUGUGCUUCUUGGUUGGUUAAAGUCACUUGGCCCUUAGCCUCCUGCCUUAUCAUGCCUUCCAAGCCAUGUCGUGACCCAAUAAUACUUUGCCUGUCCCAUCUUAUUGCUUAAAUAUGUAACUUCAGGAUUGCUUAUUACAUGCAGACUUGAGUCUUUUUUGUGAGGCAUCGUUAUAUAUGAUACAGUGGCUGACUGUGAUUUUUGUUUCUGAGAUAUGCUCUGAUGUUAGUAGUAUGUAUCAAUUCAGUAAAUAAAAAUGUUUGAACAAUAUCUUAACUUAUAGCUGAUUAUCUGAAAGUACAAAUUGCAGUAUUAAAAUGUGAACAGAAAAGACAAACUUUACCUUUUUGGGGAAAACAUUUUCUUUGUUAUAAACUUACUAAAAUUUAUACAGGUAGUUGACUGUACAGAAGACAUCUUUCCAGAGAAAUAUCAUAGUAUCUACUUAAAAACUGUAUAGUUUCUGAUUUCUGAAAGUUCCCAUAGUCCAGCAGACAAAAUAAAAUGUCAUAUUAAUGUUAACAUGGCAUACUACUGGUAUUAAUGUGACUCUCAGAAUAUGGAAUGUAAGCAGAAGUUUCAAAUAGAAAUAUUCUGAUCUUGAAUUUUUUUAAAAAAAAAUCAACAGGGGAAAUAUAAAGAAAUUCCGUUGUGAGGUUCUGGUAACAAAACCAUGGGAGUGGAGCUUGAGUGCUUUGUGUCACCUUACUCCUUCAAUGAAAUCAUAGCCUUGUAUUACAUGGUUGCUUAUCUAUCAUUCUUCUUACAAUUUAAAGGUUUACAGAAUUAGAUUAGGUUGAAUCUCUGUGUUGUGUCAACUUUAAAGGGUCAACACAAAUCUGUUGGCAUUUUGCACACUUUUAAUAUGUAUUAUUAUAAUACAACAUGUUACUUUUAUGGUAAUUUUUUUUACAUAUAUAACUACCUCCAUGAAUUUGAUGAAAUGCAGCAACAUGAAAAAAGUGUUUUGUAAAAAGCAAGGUUAAAAAAAUUCGGUAUCAUUAGGUCAUGGUGUUCUCUUGUGUAUCAGUGCUUGCAUACAAAGUCAUUAUGUUUUCAUUGCCAUGAUUUCCUUUUCCUGUAUUAAAUUUGGCUUUCAGUUUAAUAAUUUGAGAUUUUGAUGAGGCCACAUAAUUUUGUUAAGAGUGAACGGAAGCCUAAUACCUUCCGUUGUCUUGCCGUUAUUGCUAAAUUUUUUACUUGGUAGAAAGUCAAAACGAUAGUUAAAACAACGAGGAGUUCUUGUGGCACCUUAGAGUCUUAGGGCUUGUCUACGUUACCCGCUGGAUCGACGGGCAGCUAUCGAUCCAGCAGGGGUUGAUUUAUCGCAUCUAGUCUAGUUGCAAUAAAUCAACCGCCAAGUGCUCCCCCGUUGAUUCCGGUACUCCACCGGAGUGAGAGGUGCAGGCGGAGUCGAUGGGGGAGCGUCAGCCAUCGACUUACCACAGUGAAGACACCGCGGUAAGUAGACCUAAGUACGUCUACUUCAGCUAUGUUGCUCAUGUAGCUGAAGUUGCGUAACUUAAAUCGAUUCCCCCUCCGUCCCCAGUGUAGACCAGGCCUUGGUCUCUAAGGUGUCACAAAGGACUCCUCAUUGUUUUUGCUGAUACAGACUAACACGGCUACCCUUCUGAAAAUGAUAGUUGUAAUUUAGCAGAUUAUUAACACCUACAGUAUAUGAAAUAUGAUUGGCAGUUUGGAGUUUUACAGAAGACAUACCAGGUUUUUUUUUGCCAACCUUCAAACACUUUGGGCCCUAUUCUGCCUUCAGUUAUGCCAACAUAUCAAAUUAGAACUUCUCUUAAAUGGCAGGACCUGUGUGCUAUCCAGCUCUCAUUUAAAGAAUGCACACUUCAUUUUCUAAUCCCAUGUAUCUCAGAUGCUUGCUUCCAUUGAAAUUAGUGAUGAAACUUUAAUUGAUUUUAUUGAGAUUAGUAUCAGGGUCCCUAAGUAAGGUGUAUACAGAGGUGCCCAUCCUGCAAAGAACCUGGGCAGACUUCCAAUAAAAAGGGGGUUAGCUGUAGAGUAAUAGCCAAUUACAAGUUGCCUUUUUUAAAACUAGAAAAUUUCAAAAACCAAGGAAAAUAAGUGUAAGCUUCACCUUAGCAGCUCUAAUUUAUGUACAAACCCUGAAUUUAUUCAAGCAUACAGAAUCCCAAUACUCGGAUGUAAAUUAAUAUCACUAGAUGAGCCAAUUUUCCUGUGUACAUAUUUUAAUUUUUUUUAAAAAAUGAGAAUAGUAUCCAUUUGACUCAGCAGAGCAAUGUAAACACCCACAUGGUAGAAAGCAAUCCUCACCCCCAUUCAAACAGUAAAAUCUAUUUGAAAACAACGUUUUUGAUGAAAACCUCGAUCUUAUUGCUGGUGAUGGUAGUUUAUUUUUCGAAAAAGUCGGAUCAUAAACAGUAUUUGGAGCCCAUAAUAAACUAUAAUAAUAUUUUGCACUUCUAUUUCAUGCCUUUUACCUGCGGAUCUCAAAGCUGUUUGCAAACCAUUAAUUAAGCCUCACAAGCUUGUGAGGUAGGCAAAUUUUGUUAUCCCUAUUUAACUCACUGACAUAUUGAAACAUAGAAAGGUUAAGUGACAUGUCCAAGAUCACACAGAGUCAACAAUGUGAUUAUCAAACAGUUUCUUUAUUUCAUUUGAGUCAUGACAGUAGGUUUAAUGUUUUAAUAUUUAACCAAAGUGCUUAAUGUUUAUACUAUAAAGAUAUUCUUCGGAGGUGUUACAGUUAUUAAAGUAGGAGAGAAACUAUAGUCCUGCACUGGACUUUGAUAUUGGAAGUGCCAAAAAUGUUCACAUUUCAGCAAUAGGGCUGCUGCCAAUAGUGGUUUCAGAAAAGUCAAUUUUAACAAAAACUUGUUUUUCAAAUACAUUUUACAGGGCUUUCCCCAAGGUGAUACUUCAAAUUGCUAUACUGAGUAAGAAUCUUCUUUUAAUCUAGUGGCACACCAUAGUUGACAAUCCUCUCUGCUCCUCUGAAGAAGACAGUAUAGUAUUAAAGAGAAAUGCUGCAAUUUUUUACUUAAUUCCUUUAAAUGUUACCCAUAAUAACGCACAUAAUUUAAUUAGUCUGUAGUUUAUUAAGGCAUCAGGAUUUCCUGUUUAUAUACAACAUGCCCAGCUGGAAUUAUUGAAGUGCCACUCGUGUGAAAGGAGAAUGGGAUUAUCACUUUUUUUUUUUUGGUAGCAGCAUUUCAAAUUUUUACUUCAGUUACACAGGCGUAUAUCUGGAAUAACUUUACUGAUUUACACUGAGGUAACUAAGCUCAAACUCCAUCCUUAACUCAUUGAAGCUUUGUUCUGAGCUGAGGGUUUUUGUUUCCCUUCCCUGGGAAGAAUAUGUAGAAGAGGCAGAAGGCCACUCACACUUGGAUUUGAAAAUAGGACUUUGGUCGAAUAAACAGGUAUUUCUCCCAUGACUGUAUAUGAAAUCUGUAGAGAAAUGCACAGUCAGCAAACCUCCUGCCCCCUCCCCCCACCCCUCCCGGCCUGGAUGCUAAUGCACAACCAUCUGUUUUGCACAAUGGAAGGGCAAAUCUCUGUUCAGUAUAAUGCACUCAUCAAGCUGUACAGUGGAUAAGAGUCACCCAAAGGAUGCCCAUGUGAAAGUAUGAAAGGUCUGAACAGGGCUCUUAGAGUAAUUGGCACAGAUGUUACUUUUAUACAUAGAGGAGACUUACGUUUAAAGGGAUCAUAAUUCUGCAGGUAACUUUCUGUGAGUGACUGAAUGUGACCGUCGCUUUAGGUUUAAAUGAGUUAAUAAAUGCAAGUGGGACUUACUGUAUAUUAGAAGGGAGUUUUGCAGCCAAGACUGCCUUGUAUAAAUGUGUUUGCACUGAAAAUAAAUUUUAAAAAUUACUUGGUCUCUGGUUGCUGUAAAGGUCAUCCAAGAUGGAUGUUCUGUUUAUAUUGUAUGAUAUUUCAUAUGAAAUAAUUACAGUUCAUAAAAUGUCUUCCCUAAUGUUACUGAUUUAUAACAGCACAUUUGUAACAUGGUUUUUAUUGUGUCAGUGUACCAUACUGUAAAUGAUGAUUACUUGUCAUGCUUAGUGUAAUAAUUUAAAGGAGAAAAGGACAGGGAUUUUUGUAAGUCUAUAUAUUUGAAAGUCCCUCCAUAUGGUAAUAUUGUGUACAUGUUGUUUACGUAGUGUUGUGUGAAAUAUCCAUUUUGGAUUGUGUUACUUUUUAAGAUAUUAAAUAACAUUUGGUUA